AUGCUGGUUCUGCACUUCGCUCCAUCAACCUUGGACCUGUACUGCUCUGGCAUCCUGAUGGCCGUAGUCCAAGCCUGCACCAGACUCAUGCCCCAUCUCUCCAAGUAUCCUCCCAGCUAUCCCCUCCAUGAUGCACUUGAUCGCUCCCAGUGUUUGGACCAGCCCACUGGGUCAUGGGCAUCUAGUAUGUGGGCCAGGUGCUGGAAAAGUGAGCUGCCUUUCCUGUAUCAGGCAGCUGACCCUUCCUAUGUCAUCAUUAGACACAGGGUUGUGCCAGUGAUACCCAGAAGUGUUCCCAAAGGACUCGAGUCAGCGCCUCUGGCCAACAGCCCAUUUCCAGGCCUCACAAGAGUAUGCUGCUGCCUGCCAAUCCAAACCAUGUCUAAGAUCCACCUGCAGGCAUUCCUGAUCCUCUGCUUGAGGUCCACACAAUGUGCUUGCAUGUUUAGUAGUCCUCACUGGGGAGAAUGGAACGACUCUCAGCUGCUGCCAACCAUCCAGAAGCUGAUGAAAGGAUACAACCGCUACCUCAGACCUAAUUUUAAUGAGGGACCCGUGGAGAUUGGAAUGAGCCUUGAUAUCGCCAGCAUUGACGCCAUCUCUGAAAUCAAUAUGGACUACACUGCAACAAUCUUUCUCCGUCAGCGCUGGCGUGAUUCCCGGCUCGUGUUCCCAGGAAACGAGAGCGUUAGUGUGGACGGACGCCUGGUCUCUCUGCUCUGGAUCCCUGACACCUUCAUCCCAGACUCCAAGCGCUCCUUCCUGCAUGACGUAACGGUGGAAAACCGCCUCAUUCGCAUCUUCAGCAAUGGAACGGUUCUCUAUGCUCUCCGCAUCACCGCUACGAUUGCCUGCAACAUGGACCUGACCAAGUACCCCAUGGACAGACAGGUGUGCACCCUGCAGCUGGAGAGCUGGGGCUAUAACCUCCAGGAUGUGGUGUUCUAUUGGACCAGAGGGAACGAUUCAGUAAGGGGUUUGGACACAUUGCGGCUGGCUCAGUACAGUGUAGAGAGCUACUACACAACAGUGUCUGAGGCGGUGUAUGAGACAGGCCAGUACCCUAAGCUGGUGCUGCAUUUUGCACUGCGUAGGAACGUGUUGUUCUUUAUCUUGGAGACGUACGUUCCCUCCAUCCUAUUGGUGGUUCUGUCAUGGGUUUCUUUCUGGAUCAGCCAGUCUUCUGUUCCAGCCAGGACCUGCAUCGGAGUGACAACAGUCCUUACCAUGACCACACUGAUGAUGGGCGCCCGCACUUCCCUUCCUAAUGCCAACUGUUUCAUCAAGGCCAUAGAUGUGUACCUGGGAAUCUGCUUCACCUUCAUCUUUGGCGCUCUGCUGGAGUACGCCUGCGCCCACUUCUACACCAUGCAGAACCACACGGUUGAGGAGCUACACCGGGAGCUUUUAAAGGAGCUCAAUGAAUCCAAAGGGAAUGGCUCCAUCCCCAUCGUCACCUCCACCCAGCCGAACCAGACCGUGGAGAUCAGCUCCACCGCAGAAGAGCCCACGGAGCAGUCGGCCGACAGUGACACGAAAAACAUUGAGGUAUUAAAUGAGAAGACUCCAGAGCAAGGCUGCACCUUGUCUUCAGUGAAGGGUGCAUCACGCAGGGCCGCAUCUGUCUUCACUGUGGAGAAUCCACACAACAUCGAUCGCCACGCUCGCACUGUAUUCCCCACGGCGUUCCUGUUUGUCAAUAUCCUCUACUGGCUUUACUAUCUCUUCCUCUGA